AUGUGCGAUUGCCAAAACCCUCUCCUCAGUCCGGUCGCCAAGCUGGAUAUCAGAGAUCUCAUCGAGGAGAGUCCCUCUCCCCGAUCCAGGACGACACAACCCUCUGCCUUCUCACGAUCAAGCAGCUUUACCUCCCCUCAUACCCAAUAUUCGCAUAGGCCGUCUUCCUCAGCUUCCUGCUCUCUGUCUCAUUACUCAGCCGGUACGGCUCCACCAAAUCCCUUCGGUCGACAGCCAGCCCACGGCUCUCAGCAGCUCCCGCCACAGCCGCCACCGCCGCUUUCCAACACAGCUCAAGCAGUGUUCCAGCAGAAUCCAGGCCUGAAUCCAGCUGCAGCAUCUGCCAAGCGUCCCCCACCGAGCGGCAGCCACUCUUCAGACUCCUCCAGAAAGAACAGAGGCAAAUGGACGCCAGCCGAAGAUGCAAAAAUCAUCGUACUCCGUGGCCGUGGCAUGAAAUGGGACGACAUCAGCGUUGAGAUACCAGGCCGCAGCGCCAUCAGCUGCAGACUGCACUACCAAAACUACCUCGAAAAGCGAGCCGACUGGGACGAGGAGCAACGCAACAAGCUGGCGAGAGUCUACGAUCGACUCAAGUCCGAUCUCUGGAACCCCAUCGCAACCGAGCUCGGCGUGCCCUGGCGCGCAUGUGAAGCUAUGCAUUGGGCCCUCGGCGAAGCCGACAUGUGUCGCCGUGCCCACGUACUCCCUUUCCCCAUGGCCACCAGCCGCCCCGAGCCGGCUUCCGCUCCGGCGCCCAGUGCCGGCAGAGUCGCCCAGCGCGACCGCAUGCGUGGCUCCACCCGCGUCUUCGAAGGCCGCGACAUCACCACCAUCACCUCUCCCGCCUUCCACAGCGUCAACGGCAACGGCAACGCCCAGGGCGGCCACGGCCCCCCCUACGCCGGCAUCCCGUCCCCCAUGAGCCUCCCCGCCAUCGGCACCGGACACGGCUUCCCCGGCUACGAGGAGGAGGAAGAGCAAGACGACGACGACAACGACGACGACGACGAGCGCCGGCAGGAGGGCCCCCGCGUGCGGCGGCGCAGGCUGGGCAGCGCGACCCGGUUGCCCGGCGUCGCGGAGCUCGACCGCACCAUCGCCGCCGACCUCGCCGCUUCCUCCGAGGCGGGCAGGCGCGUCAAGCUGGAGGAGCCCGGCCGGCGCGUCAAGCACGAGCAUGACAGGAGGGGGUCCGGCGGAUCCGGAGGGUCGGGGGCCAGCCGUCGCAGUCGUUGA